UAUAACAAGCCCCCUCCCUCCUGUACAUCCAGCUAUUAUACAAUUCGUCUUGAAGGUCUUAAAUCUGUCAUACCAUCCUCUUAGUCCUCCAUAAGAAAUCUCAUGGAUCUCUCCAUGAAAGUCUUUGUGGUCGUCCUCCUGCUUCUUGUGGCUAUUGAGGACCAGGGACCAGUGCAAGUAGCUUUGGCGAGGGACUGCAAGUCACAGAGCUACAAGUUCAAGGGGAUGUGCGUGCGCAAUGACAAUUGUGCAAGUGUUUGCCUGACCGAGGGUUUCCCCAGAGGCAAGUGCAAGGGCUUUGCAUGUUCCUGCUACAAGGAUUGCUAGAUGGCCCUGAUUUGUCUAUUGCGUACAUGCUUUUGUGUAAUAAAAAUUGAAUAAAUAAUAGUAGAUCUAUAUCCA